AUGGAUCAACUCCAGAUAGAGCUGGCGAAGCUGCGGAGGGACGCGAAUCUCCAGCAGAGCAUAGACGAUGUCGAUAGGAUCAUUGAGCAGCUGGAGAAGGCGCGGGAUACCAUCAUGACAGAGCCCGACUCGGCGGCCAUCACUCUCGCAAAACUCCAGAACCCAGUGCAGCAAGGCUUCUUGAAGGUCAACGAGGACCUCAAAAAACUGAACAAGGGCCAGAACAGCUUCGGGAAAGCUCUGGAUAAGUAUUUCCCGGUCAAGGCUCUGCCCACCGAAUACGACGCGCUGGCCUCCCACCGUUCCCUCAUCAACCGCGCCGUCGCCAUGCACCUCCUGCGUGAAGGCCAGUUCGACGUGGCCUCGACCUUCCUGACCGAAGCCGUGGAAAACCCGCCGCAAUCGCACGCCACGUCCGCCACACCCAACCCAGCCCGCAACGACUCGUCCGACCUGUCCUCCCUCAAGUCCAAAGAGCUGCAGGAGAAUUUCGCCAACAUGUACCAGAUCCUGCACGAGCUCAAGAACCGCAACCUCCACCCGGCCAUCUACUGGGCGCAGCAGCACAGCCGGGGCCUCGAGAAUAGGGGCAGCAACCUCGAGUUUGAGCUGUGCAAGCUGCAAUACGUGUGGCUGUUCCUGGGGCCAGAGGUCAACGGAUUACCGGACGAUGGAAAUAAUGGGCCCUACGCCGCGUUUGAGUAUGCGAAGAAGACCUUUGCCCGGCACCAGCUGCGCUUUACGAGGGACUGUCAGCAGCUCAUCGCAGCCAUGGCCUUCAGAAGUAACCUCAAAGGCUCGCCUUACAUGCACCUCUUCGAUACCUCCUCGAUCUGGUCCGAAAUCUCGCAAUCCUUCACCCGGGAAUUCUGCUCCUUACUUGGCCUCUCCCCAGCCUCCCCGCUCUACAUAGCCUGCACCGCUGGGGCCAUUGCCUUACCUACGCUCUUGAAACUAGCCAGCAUCGUGAGAGAAAAGAGGACAGAAUGGACCACGCAAGACGAACUCCCCGUCGAGAUCGCGCUACCGAAGAGCAUGAUCUUCCACGCCAUCUUCGUGUGUCCCGUGUCGAAAGAACAAACGACGGAGGCGAACCCGCCGAUGAUGAUGCCGUGCGGCCACGUCGUCGCUAAGGAGAGCUUACAGCGUCUGAGCAAGGGGAGCAGAUUCAAGUGUCCGUACUGCCCGAACGAGAGUCUGAUGCGGGAGGCGAGACAGGUGGUGUUGUAG